UGCAAUUUUUUUUUUUGUAUUUCUCCACACGCUCCGCAGCCUACUCCACGCGACUCACACUCCCUUAGGCUCACACGAACCCUAUCUUCAGUCUUCCCCCUCUUGAAUCUCGAUCCAGUAAUCCAAUCAUUAAGAAAAUUUACUCCUUUCGAUUCUUUCCUGCGUGAGCAUGUAAUUGUAUCUACUAUUUCAGGAUUUCUGUACGGAUUGGCAGCGAUUUCGGGUCUAAUUGGAGCUUGUUUGAUUGGAUGACGUCACUGAAGUGACGGGGAGUCUGUUUUCUAUAUCUCGGCCUCAUCACCGUCGUCGUCCGGCCAUGGAAAGUCGUAGUGAUUCGGAAACAACUUCAUUUUUGAGUUUAUCUGCAGCCUUGUCAUAUGGGAUUGCUUCUAUGGCUAUGGUUUUUAUCAAUAAGGCAAUACUUAUGCAGUAUGCAAACUCAAUGACCCUCCUCACUUUGCAGCAAUUGGUGACCACCUUGCUUAUACACUUUGGUCAAAGAAUGGGAUACACAAAAGCCAGAGCGGCAGAUAUGUCAACAGCUAUUAAGCUUCUCCCAAUUUCACUAUUUUACAAUGCUAAUGUGGCAUUUGCACUGGCAAGUCUAAAAGGAGUUAAUAUUCCAAUGUAUAUCGCGAUAAAGAGACUUACACCCCUUGCUGUACUGAUCGUUGGAUUCGUUUCAGGAAAGGGGAGACCUACAACACAGGUGACUCUUUCAGUGAUAUUGACUGCUGCUGGAGUUAUCAUAGCUGCUCUAGGAGAUUUUUCCUUUGACCUUUUUGGAUACAGCAUGGCCCUUACUUCUGUUUUUUUUCAGACCAUGUACUUAGUUUUGGUAGAGAAGUCUGGUGCAGAGGAUGGGCUUUCAUCAGUUGAGAUCAUGCUCUAUAACAGUCUUUUGUCCAUUCCAUUUUUGUUAUUUCUCAUCAUAGCUACAGGAGAGUUUCCAAAUUCUUUAUCACUAUUAUUUGCAAAGAGUAGUUCCCUAUAUUUUUUGGCGAUUCUUAUUCUUUCGUUGGUGAUGGGCAUUGUCCUCAACUUCACCAUGUUCUUAUGUACAAUAGUCAACUCUGCUCUCACAACAACAAUAGUUGGUGUUCUUAAAGGGGUUGGAUCCACGACCCUUGGUUUUGUGGUACUGGGUGGUGUUCAAGUUCAUGCUUUAAAUGUGAUGGGAUUGGCCAUCAACACGGCUGGCGGUGUGUGGUAUUCAUAUGCCAAAUAUCAGCAAAAGAAGAACAAGCCACCAAAGCAAAUAUCAGAUAUUGAGGCUCAUCGUAAAUAAAAGCAAUUUAGAAGGAUUGCAGGUGACUUAACGGUUGCUUUCUGUGACAUUCUUUUAAUUGUAUCACUCAUCAACAAUUUAGUAGUUCGUAAUGCUUAAGCAUGUUUAAUUUAACAACAUGUCCUUUAUAUAUGGAGCAGUUCCUACA